GGAAACUGCGUGCGGGUGCAUCCUGUCAUCACGACUGUGGAUGCAAAUAACUCGACGCAACGACCGGCAUUCGUGACAGCAACACACGUUUCUGCUACUCUUAACUACCACUUGUUGCAAACCGAAACGCUUCGCAGCUGCGGUGAGGCGCAAUAAUAGUUGCAUACCUUGCAUUGCACAGCAAGCCAUCCUGCAGCAGCAAAACGAGGCGCGAUUGCAACAGCAGCAGCAACCAAGAGAAUGCCGCUCGCCCCACCCACACCAAAGGUCGCCCGCUCCUUCAGCGAGUCCGGCCGCGUGCCCGAGGAGGCGCUCCGCGUGCCGCGCGAGCGCGAGGUCCAUUUCGAGGUGGACGGCCCGCACCAGGACGCGCCGCAGAAGCCACGACGGCGGCGCUACGGCCUGCUCUUCUUAUCAAUGGCAGUAGUAGCCUACUUCUGGCCGCUGCAGAGCGCGCCGCCGGUGAAGCGGAUGCGACUGCGCCUGAAAUCCCCGAAGAUCCCCCAGAAGCUUCAGAUCCUCACCGCGCGGCCGACGCGCUUCCGAUGGCGGAGAAAUGGUGCCAUCGAGCUCGAGGCGAACGUGAUCAUGCGCAUGUGGAACGACCACCCCGUUCCCCUCAAAAUCCGCGCGCUGAACACGACGAUACUCUUGCGAUCGUUAUUUUCCGAGGAGCGCUACGCCGUCGGGUACAAGACGGCGACGCGCAUCAAGGUGCCGCCGAAAGGGCACGCGGACGUGCCCGCGCAACUUGUUAUUUACGGGCUGCGGUUGUUCAUGUUUCCCGCAAUCUUCGUGGACGUCCUAUCGGAAAUCUUCUACGCUUUCCGCGCGGGCCGGCGGCCGGUGCUGAACGUGCCGUUGGAGGGCUUCAUCAAGCCCUGGCCCGCGGGACGAGUGGAUGUCGCCUGCACGCUGAACCAGCCGUUGGACGCCGUCGGCGUGCCGGUCACCAAUAUCUGCCGGGCUAAGUUAUUAUAAGUUAA